AUGGCAGAGCAGGCAAAGCUGGUGACGGAAACGGCCGUCACCAAUGGACACGGGCAUGAAGCGGUCCCCGAGUUGCCAGCGUAUCUGUAUGCCGUGCUAGAAAAACUGGCCCCGCGGGAAGGCUUCACGGAGGGCCGAUUCUCGAUCACGUUCGAUCUAGGCUCCAGCAAGGGCGAUGGGUUCGUCGGGCAGAUGUACAAGGCCAUCGUGACGGAAGGCGCUCGGAGCGUACCGUAUCUGUGCAAGAUACCACCGCUGGACGAUACGCGCCGUGAACAGUUCCACGCGAUGGCUGCCUUCGCCCGCGAGGCCCUCGUGUACGACAAGCUUCUGCCAAAGAUCUACGAGUAUCAAGGAGAGAAGGGUUUAACAAGCCCCGGGGAAGGAUUCUUCCAUGCCCCUCGGUGCUACCAUGCACAUUGUGAUGAGGCGGCGCAAGAAUCGGUCAUCGUGAUGGAGGAUCUUCGGUUGCGCGACUUCCAGCUGUGGAACAAACACAAUCCGAUCGAUUACGAUCAUGCGAAGCUCUUCAUGGAGCACAUCGGAAG